AUGCGACAAGUAUUCAAGGACAAGACUCAAGGUAUUGAUUUUUCAGCAGCAAUGGUCAAACAAAUUUUCCGUUCAAUGGGUAUACGAUAUACAAACAUCAAUAUGGUUGGACAAACAUUGUUUAUUGGUACAAAGGAAGAACAUCAACAAUGGACUGAACAAGCAUUAGAUCAAGACUCGUUUUUAUUAUUACACAUUUGA